GGUCUAAGACUUUGUGGCUGUGGUAACGACCCUUUGCAGCAGGAGGGAUGCAGUAAUCCGCCAUUUCAGUAGCUACGAUGAGACCUACUUCCAGUAAACAUUGAGAGGGGACCAUCAAUUUACCACCUUUUUUUUGCGUAGUUAGGUAUAGGGCAACCGUGAGGGGUGACAAAACGAGUCCUCUAAAGGUUUGCGGAAAGCAGGGAAAGGGGCGGAAGAUGGCGGUCGACAGACGAGACGAGAAAGAGGGAGAGCUCAACGUCCUGGAUGACAUCCUCACCGAGGCCCCUGACCAGGAUGACGAGCUCUAUAACCCUGAGAGUGAACAGCACGUCCAGAAAAAAGGAUCUAAGAGGAAGAAUGACCGAGGGGACGACCACGAGCUGAAACGUCUUCGGCCCUCGGCUCACACCACCAGACAGGCCACUAAAAGAUCUGCCCCCUCGGCUGGUGCCAGCGGGAAAAAGCUGGUCAACCUCAGGGGUGGGCGGCACCCCUCCGAAUACAAGACUGAAGAUUACUACGACGACCGGAAGACCCAUUCCAUCCGAGCUGGUGGGGCGCAGCGGGGGGACCCUCCCAAAGCAUCCCAUCUUGUCAAGCCUCUGGGCCGCAGGAGAGAGCCAGACAGACAGAGGAUCAAGCCCCUCAUGCCUGAGCUAACCACAGAGAAGCUGAUGCGUCCCAUCGAGGGGAGUGUUGGCAGGGUCAGCACCUCCUCCAAGGAAGAGGCAGAAGAAGAGGCAUCAGACCAGGAGACGGGCAGCACGGCCGACUCCUCCGAGGGAGACCGGUCCAACAUGGAGGGAGAAGAGGUGAUGGAGGAAGAAGAAGAGGAGGAGGAGGGAGAGAAGGGCCCAGAGGAAGACGAGGAAGAGGAGGAGGAAGAGUAUGAACAGGAGGAAGGGGAUCAGAGAGUUGUGAAUGAACCGCCUGACUACGACACUCGCAGUGAAGCCAGCGAUUCCCAGUCUGAUUCAGUGUCGUUCUCCGAGGGGGAGUCGGUUCACUCUGGGUCUGGUUCUGACGCCUCAGGUUCUGAGAAGAAGCAUGAGAAACUAUCCUCCUCUGUCCGAGCCGUCCGCAAGGACCAGACCAGCAAGCUGAAGUACAUCCUGCGAGACGCACGCUUCUUCCUGAUCAAGAGUAACAACCAUGAGAACGUCUCCCUGGCCAAGGCUAAGGGAGUGUGGUCCACUCUGCCUGUUAAUGAGAAGAAGCUGAACGCUGCCUUCCGUUCUGCCCGCAGCGUCAUCCUGGUCUUCUCCGUCAGGGAGAGUGGAAAGUUCCAAGGUUUUGCCAGGCUGUCCUCGGAGUCCCAUCAUGGAGGGUCUCCCAUCCACUGGGUCCUGCCUGCUGGGAUGAAUGCCAAGAUGCUGGGUGGGGUGUUCAAAAUCCACUGGAUCUGCAGACGGGAGUUGCCGUUCACUAAAACGGCUCACCUCUCCAACCCGUGGAAUGAACACAAGCCUGUAAAGAUCGGCCGAGACGGACAGGCGUCGGCCCGAGGAAUAUGACAUUCACAACAGGAAACGCCCGAGGAUUGACUAUCCGGCCGAGUUCCCACAGAGACCAGGCUUUAUGCCAGUUCCACGUAACCCACCAGUUGACCGGCGCUUCCCAACUGGAGUGAGAAGAGAGUGUUCCUCAAUGGGUCCUAACGAUUACAUGAGAGAGUUCCACCACACCAUCGGGCCGCCUCCUCCUUGGCAAGGAAUGGCACCGUACCCUGGGAUGGAGCAGCCUCCUCACCACCCGUUCUACCAGCACCAUCCUCCUCCUCCCCAGGCGCAUCCCCCGUACACCGGGCACCACCCUGUACCACACGAGGCCCGCUUCAGGGAGAAGAGAGUCGUACGUUCCUUCAGCUCUACCCUGCAUGACUAUGACAUGCGGGUGGAUGACUUCCUGAGACGGACCCAGGCCGUGGUAACAGGUCGCCGCAGCCGCCCCCGAGAACGAGACAGGCAGAGGGAGCGAGAACGGCCCCGGGAUGCCCGCCGGGACCGCGACAGAGACCGUGGACGCGAACGUGACCGAGAGAGAGACAGGAUCAGGGACAGGGAGAAGGAGAGGGGGCGCUACAGGAGAUAAUCAGGGACUAACUAAAUCAAAUCAAACAGCACGUCCUGUGGUAGUUUCUCUGACCUAGUAUUUUUAUUUUUUCAUUUUAAUUUUUACAUUUUUUCCUCACAUUUUUUUUAUUUUUAAAGAAGCUGAACUGUUCUGUUCUGAGUGAUUGUGUUCUGUUCUACAUCGUGCUGUGAAGUCGCCUCAUGUCUAUCAUGCAUGCAGUGUAACUGAACUAACUGGAGGGGGGGGGGUAACAACCCAAAAUACACAUUUUUAGUUCAUCUUAUUUUGGAGGAGACGCGGUUAAGAGCAUUUAACUAUUUGGAGCUGGUUUUCGUUUCUUCUUCCUGUCCCCGACUUUCAGUGUUUAAUGCCAGUCUUUUGCGUGUAUUUUUUUUUUAGAAGGGAUUGAUCCUGCACUUGUCACAUUUUGUCUUUGUGCUGUUCAUGAUCGUACGUGGUUCAAAUGAAGAUCUCUACUAAAAUGUGUUGUACUGAAUCUGACUGGCAGUGUUGUUGCGAGUCCCUUUUUUGCUGACCUUUUUUUAAUUUCAAGCCAUUUUGUUGUUUUUUCUUGUGUUUGUCUGAUCUGGAAGUAAAAAGCAAUAUUGUUGUUACGUCGAUCCCUUUUCCUUUCUGAAGUUUAAACCGAGACUCCAAUCAGUGCUGUAAAGUUUAGAGAACCUGCAAUGUGUGUCGGGGGCGGGGAAUAAGGUAUCGCUUGUCUUGGAUGACUGUUUUGUACAAAAAAAAUUAAAUACUAUUGAGUGUUUUA